CAUGGGGGUAUUACUUCCGGGGUCAAGGUGGACACAUGACUGGAAGCAAAGUGUGUCAUGUGACCCCUCUAAGAACUCCUCUCGCUGCCCUCUACCAAUCAGGAGGGGUUUUGCCCCCAUAGGCCUGCCCCAAGAGGUGAUUUGACCAAUCAGGGGUGUUCCAGGGUGGGGGGACCCAUCCAGAUGUGGCUCGUGUGAUCCCUCUAAGAACUCCUCCCAAUGCUCUCUACCAAUCGCGAUGGGUUUCGGCCGCAUAGCACCACCCCCAGAGCAGAUUUGACCAAUUGGUGGUGUUCCAGGGCGGGGUGACCCGCCCAGAUGAGGGCCGUGUCACCCUUCUGAGAACUCCUCCCAGCACCCUCUGCCAAUCAGAGUGCAACACUAUCACCCCAUAAGUCCCAGCGCCGGGGCAGAAGAGGCCAUCUUUUACGAAGGAUGCGUGCUUUAGAAAUCAUGGAAACAUGGACUCCUUCACCACCCCUGUGAGCACUUUGGACUUUGUUUUAGCCCCGAGGGCCUUUGGAUUUGUGCGGAGAAAGCACUACAUCAGUGACAGUUCCCACGAGGGCUCUUUGACUCAGCCGUUGAUGGAUACGCUGGAACCCGAAACCCAAACUCUCGUGAGGCACCCCAAUGAGCAUGAAGGCCUCUCAUUGUUCGCCCCACUAGAGGUGGAAGGCGAACACAGCUCGGGGGAGUCAUCGGAGGACAAGGUGAAUGGAAAAGACAUUGCUCAGCUUGAUGAUGCCUUUCUAGAGGACCCGCAGGCCCUGGACAGCGUUCCAUCAAGCAGCGAAGAUGAACCGGGCUCUCCUUGUUUUUGCUCAAUGCCGAUACAAAUUGUUGAAGAGGACUCCGAGGAUGACAGCUAUGAGGAGUUUAUGAGGCUUGGCAUGGAACUAACUGAGCCAGUGCCACGUCGUGAGCAUAAAAAAGUCAUGCGGUCUAUUGUAUGUGUUGCUGUUUAUGCUGUCCUUAAUCACUGCCUUAGGGAAAAGCUUUCUGAAGAUUGUGAGGGCUGUGUCAUAGAUGUGCCAGCCCAACGGCGCCAUGACUGUGUGACUUGAACUUCAGUAGAUAUAAAC